UCUCUCUCACACCCGAUUUCACGAUCCGAAACCCUAAAUUUCUCGGGACACUACCUCCUUUCCUCUUCUUCACCGGGAGGGAUUUAAUCGGAGCCGAGUCUAGGGCUUUUCAUUUUUGGGUAUAACGAGAGCGUGGAGUGAGACAGCCUAAUCAAUGGAAUCAGAUCAGGGAAAGCUCUUUAUCGGCGGCAUUUCGUGGGAAACCGACGAGAACCUUCUGAGAGAGUACUUCAGCAAUUUCGGAGAGGUUUCACAGGUGACUGUCAUGCGAGACAAAGCUACAGGUCGUCCCAGAGGAUUCGGAUUCGUCGCGUUCUCCGAUCCCGCCGUUAUCGAUAGAGUUCUUCAGGACAAGCACCAUAUCGACAAUAGAGAUGUUGAUGUGAAGAGAGCAAUGUCUAGAGACGAGCAGAGUCCUGCAGGGAGACAAGGGAGUUUUAAUGGUAAUAGGAGUUUUGAUAGUGGUGGUGGUGGUGCUAACGUUAGGACCAAGAAGAUAUUUGUUGGUGGUUUGCCUCCUGCUUUGACGUCAGAUGAGUUUAGAGCUUACUUCGAGACUUACGGCCCUGUGAGCGAUGCGGUCAUUAUGAUUGACCAGGCUACACAACGUCCUAGAGGGUUUGGGUUUGUUUCGUUCGACUCUGAGGAUUCGGUUGACCUUGUUUUGCACAAGACUUUCCAUGAUUUGAGCGGUAAGCAAGUGGAAGUUAAAAGAGCUCUUCCUAAAGACGCUAACCCUGGGAUAGCCAGCGGUGGUGGUGGUGGUCGUGGUAGUAGUGGUGGUUUCCCGGGAUAUGGUGGAAGUGGCUACGAGGGUCGUGUUGAUUCCAGUAGAUAUAUGCAGCCUCAAAACGCGGGAAGUGGUUAUCCUCCUUAUGGUGCUGCUUCUGGGUAUGGUACUGGUUAUGGUUAUGGAAGCAACGGUGUAGGUUAUGGGGGUUUUGGAGGGUAUGGGAAUCCAUCUGGCGCGCCUUACGGGAAUCCUGGUGGCCCUGGAGCUGGGUUUGGAAGUGGUCCGAGACCUUCAUGGGAAGGUCAAGCACCAUCGGGCUACGGUAACAACGUGGGAUAUGGAAAUGCUGCUGCUGCUCCUGCUCCUUGGGGUGGUUCUGGUUCAGGUUCAGCAGUGAUGGGUCAAGGAGGUGCUGCGUCUGCAGGUUAUGGCAGUCAGGGUUAUGGCUACGGUGGAAAUGAUUCCUCUUAUGGAGCACAACCUGGUUAUGGUGCUGUCGGGGGGCGUCCUAACAGCCAUGGCGGAGGCUAUGCUGAUGUUCCAGAUGGCUAUGGGAAUCAUCAAGGGAACGGGCAAGCUGGAUAUGGUGGAGGUUAUGGUAGACAGGCUCAACAGCAGUGAUUGGUGGAAUAAAGUCUACUGCAGUGGUGGUUUUGUCCCUGACCUUUGGAACCACCUCUCUCCGCUGUAACGAUGCGGUUUUGGUCAGGAGGUCCAGGGAGGUCGACAUGCGCGCUGGAUUAUCUAUUUUGUGAUAUUUUUUUAAUAAGUUGUUUUCAUGCACUCUGUAUUUCCUAUGAAGUUUUGCGUGCUUAUUUUAUAUUGUUUAACAAUAACUCCUCCAGAUUAUCAUUUUUUUUGUUUGUAUUCAUUCUUUUGAAUUUUCUAUUAUGAUGCUUGCUUUCAGUUUC